CUUGCCGUCAGUAAAAACUGACAGCUUCAAUUUAAUUAAUUUGUCACUUUUUUUAGUUCGAUUUCGACAAAAUUAUGCGUUUUUCUUUUAAAUUUUAGUGCAUUUAUUGUAAAAAUAAAAUUAAAUAAAUAACAUGGGUGCGAAAAAGUUUCGAAAACACAAGGCAAAACCUCGUCCCAAGGUUGUAAUAAACUACCCCCCAGUACCCACUAGAAAAUGGAUUCCACCCGAUCAAAGGAAAAAACCACCAAAAGCGGAACCCAAAUACGUAAAACCCGAAGGUAUUUCGCAAAAAUUGGCGAUUUCUACGUUGAAAAAAGUGUGGAAUAAGUUUGACGUUUAUGGGGAUGCGGGCAUUAUUGUCGGGCAUUUUAGUCAACUUCAUAAGAGAUUUACCUUUAAGUCGAACGGAUACCAAGGAUCUUGCAACUCGGCAAUGGCCUGCAUCUAUUCGCAAUUAUUUAAAAUGGCCCAAUGGACCCCAUACUUCUUAGAUGAAAUCCUACUACGUGGCGAUGAACUGUAUAUACGAAGUACACAACAAGGGGAUAAAUGUCUUAUAGAAGUACCACCGGAAAAGAUGUAUACCUCCUUCUUUUAUGGUAAUCAGAAGAUUACCUUAUUCGUGAGUCCCGAAGCAAGAGUUACUCAGGAACUAACCUCAGCGUCCGAAGAAAAAGCUAAAGAAAUCCUAGAAAGUACCAUUAAAGACUUUUUAACUGGUCAUCCCUCAGGUAUAUUUUAUAUAAAAGAAAAAUAUGCGGCCAUAUGGGUGCAAGAGAACGUUUAUUACUUCUUCGAUCCCGAGGAACACGAUGAGUUUGGCAAUCUCUGGAAAGGACACCCAGGUCUAGGAGUUUCAUUUCUAGGGCGUUUCAAGAAACUGUCAGCCAUGAUAGAUUAUUUAUUUAAAAACUUUCCUGCAGCAAAAGAGGCUUACGUCCAAUUUCAUGCGAUUCCCUGUGGCAUUGCAAGAAUUGUCAAUGUCAACACUAAACCUCCGGAAACGUUUGAAGAUUUAGCCCCACAGGACGUUGUAUUUACGCAGAUCAUCGAAGAACCUCCUCCACCCCCAAAUAUACAACAAGAUAACUUGGAGCAUUACGUAGAAGAAGACAAAAAAGAGGAGGAUGAGGAGAAGAUUACAUAUGUCAAGGUUUUGGAGAUUUCUCCAUAUGUGAAUAAAAGCCUUCCAGAAGACAACAGACCUUCGUUCAUACCAGAAGGUGGUGUGGAUAAAAGUGACUCCUGUAGGUACCCAAUCCCUAUACCUACAUAUCUUAAGGGAGAACAUGCGAGACUUACGUAUUAUACUGAAAUUGUUGCCCAAAAAGUUGGCAUACUACGUGGCAGUACCUGUCAAACUAACCCAAACUUCUCCAAAUAUUUGGGAAGGCAAAGUAUGGGAAACGCUCUAUCGGCCCUAAUAAUGUUAAGGAUCUGUAAGUCGAAACACUGGGUGCCAAAAAUCGUGGAUACUAUCCUGAAAUACGGUGAAACUUUAUACAGAGAUGCAAUGUUGAGCAUACCUCGCACUCACACCCUCCGACUGAUUAAUUUCCCCGAAAAAAUCGAAUACGAGGGCAAAAAAUUCACCCCCGUAAUUGACGAAUACGCGUUAGUGGGUCAAAUGCAGACGCAGGACUAUGAUGUCUUAGAUUUAGGUCCUGCUCUCGAGGAAUUUUUGACCGAUCAUGAUGCCUGCAUCGUUUUGGGACCCCUGGUGUUGGCCAUAUGGGUGGAGGAUGGCAUGUUUUAUAUGUUUGAUCCUAACGAGCGGGAUUCUGAUGGAAAAGCAAUAAUCCGUCAAGCGAUCGUAGGAUCAAACAUCGUAAAUCUCGAUCCAGCCCAAGGAGUUGCUUGUGUAGUCUGGUGCAAGGAAUUACAAGAUCUGGUUAAUCUUUACGUGAAUAACACCGAGAAAUCUAAAAGAGAUCAGCGGUUCUUUUUGAGUAAAGUUCUUAUCGAAGAUUACGUUGAAGUAAGCGAGGACUGGUAUAAUUUUAAAGGAAUUGAAAUUAACAAGUGGAUAUUACGAGGUACGUUUUGCCAAGGCAGUUAUAGAUUUCCUCCAGACUCUAGAAACACUCAAGGAACUGCUAAUGCGUUAGUUUCUCUGGCAAUGGCUUUGCUCUUUGGCGAAGAAGAAUGGUCAAGUGAUACUGUUGAUGAAAUAUUAAUGUCUGGAGAUGCUUUUUAUAGGAAAUCAGUUGAAUAUCUACAGGAAAAGGGAUUAUUUAACAACUACCAUUUAAUGCUAUCUGAGUUAAAUGGCAAGCAUCAUGUUAGAGAUAAAGAAGCUCAUUUUGAUCUAGAGGAAUGUAUUGUCAAUGGGUUGGUUUACGCUAAAAAUAAAAAUGAUUUAUUUAAUCUUCUAAAAGGGAUGGACCACUUCUUUCAAGAUAAUGAAUAUGGAGUUCUCACUACGCGAGACAUUUCCUUACCUAUUUGGAAAAAAAAGGAAGCCUAUUAUUAUCUUGACCCAUAUAGUAGGGACGACAAAGGAGUCUCUAUAGGUUAUGGAACAUCUUGUGCAAUCCGCUGUUUACAACUUGAAGACAUGGCAAAAGCAAUCGAAGCCAACUUAGAUCCAAACGAAGAAGAUUUCUUCAAUAUCACCAAAGUUAAAAUCAUCCUCUACGAAGCGGGUGCUGAGGGGACAAUUAAGCCGCCAUUAAAUAACUACACGGCCCUGACGGAAACCUCCGCGAUCUUACGCAGCUGGAUAAGCGACGAAAGUGAUAAAUACGAAAUCAGAAAAGGACGACAAACUGUUCCCAUGUGCCUUAUGGGUCUCAGCUUUAAUCGGUUAAAGCCUUCUUCUGAGUGGACUAAAAAUGAUUUGGAUAUUAUUUUGGAUAAAGGCGAUGACCUUUACGUAAAAUCAAUGAUCGAGGCACAGCAAUUACUAGACUCUGAACGUGAACCAGCUGAAGAAGCAGAAGAAGCCGAGACUUCAGAAGGUGCUAAUAAAGCUGGAGGAGAUGCGAAAGCCGGUAUUAAACCCUCGCCUUCAACGCCACCCCCUAAACAAGAGAUUAAAGAAGGAAAAGGUGAAGGAGAGGAAGCGGAACGAGGAGAAGAAGAAGAAGACUUGAGCUUUAGAGAGGAGGAGGAGGAAGAAGAAGAACCGCCUGAGGUUGAGAUAAAAAUAACUUCAGAGAAUGUGAAACCUGAACUUAACGUCGGGCCUAAUGUAAUCAGUUUAGAGUUUGAUACUAUAGCCGAGGGUAAUAUUAAGGAAUCUCUCAAGGAUUCUUUAAGGAGCCAUUUUGAAGCAGAACAGACAGAUGACAACUUUAAUCAGGAAGCCUUAUUAGAAACUAAGCAUUACGUUGUGGCAUUAUGGAGGGACGACAAGGCAUUUUACUUGUUUGAUUCAAAGCCAAGGGAUAAAAAUGGAGAAGUUAUUGGGCGAGAAGAUUGGGAUCCAGAGCCAUCUACCCCGGAACCAGAGCCGGAAGAAGAGGAAGAAGAAGGAGCAGAGGAAGAAGAAUCUGAAAAAGAAGAUACCAUAGGUAAUGAUACCGAGGACGAUAUUGAUGACGAAGAAAAUCUGUCACCUGGGUUUUUAAAUAAUGAGGAUAUUGAUGAAGAGAUGGUUGACGAGGAAGAAGAAAUUGAAGAGGAGCAACAACCAGAACAAUUUGAAGAGGAGGUAGAAGAGGAGGAACCAGAAGUACCAUCGCGUCCAAAAAAAUCACCUUCCUAUUGGAUGGAACAGGAAAAAACUGGUCGAGCAUGCACCGUUUGGUUUACAAACUUAGAGGACCUCGUGGAGUUUGUAUAUAACAAUAUUCCUGUUAAAGACAGGCUGAAGGGUGAUUUUACAUUGAAAGCGGUCACAGUUUCUAAUAACCUAAAGACAAAAAAUAAGUACAAUGUCGAGGAUGAAAUGCCUGAUGCUUAUGCUGGAGACUGGUACGAUUUUAAGGAACUUGAGUCUGGAGUAUGGAUAUUGAGAGGAACCUUGGACCUCUACCAUGACCUCUUCCCGAUUUCCAACAGAGGCAAACAAGGCUUGACCGCGAGCAUAGUUGCCUUAGCUAUCGUUCACUUAUUCGAGGUGAUUUGCUUCACAGAAACCACUCCCGAUAGUAUAUCGGUUUACGGCGAUAAGCUUUUCACCUUUUUAAAAAGACAAAGAAAAAAAUGGCUUCGAGAUGAUCCGAAUACGAACUUAAAACCCGACGAAAUCGACUGGCUGGUGGAACACGAAGAGCUGGAAAUAACCGACAUACCGACGAAAAUUUGUAUAUCCAAGUUUAUGGCGGAUGUAGAGAUCGAACCCGAUUUUAUUACUGGUGAUAUAAAAGCGCAAGAUUUCGAAGAACUCCUGGAUGUGAAACGAGGAUUGGAGAAGUUUUUUGAGUCUGCCAAGUACGGAGUGCUUUAUGCUAAAGGGCUCUAUGUUGCAGUAUGGCGAGGACAAAAAAUGUACUAUAUGGCUGACGGAAUGAAGCGAGGACCUAAUGGUAUCCAAUCAACUAUCGGAUCCGGAUGCAUAAUGAGAUUUCUAGACUUGGAAAAACUCACCACGGUAUUUCUGAAAAACCUUCCUAUACUGGGCAAAAGUGAAUUUACCAUCCACAAAAUAAAUUUAUCAAGAAACCUGUGUCCUAGAGCCAGAGAACCGAAAUGUGUCAUGCCGGUACCCAAAGCGGUUCCUAGAGCAGCUGGCCUAAAACUGGUUCUACCGGGAAAGAAAAUCAUAAGAGGCAGCAUUAGCCAGGAAGAUCCGCGAUUUGGAAAAGGACCGAAUGUGAUGAGCGCUCCGAUAGCUGUGGUCGCAUUAACCAUGUCGCUUAUACAUAAACCAGAAACGUGGGCCAGACCUAUUAUUGAUGAUAUUGUGGUUUUGGGAUCUGAACUGUACGAGGAUAGCGUCAACGAGCUCGGUUUUGAUUUUAAUCCUUGGGAAGACACCCUGGAUAUAUACAGGGUGAAAAGGGAUUAUAAGUUAGGAGUGGUAAAGGCGAAUUGCGAAUUGAGACCUACCGAUCAACGGGGUUACAUUGAUAAUAAGGAAUCUGGAAUGCAGAAUUUAAGACAAGGUAUGGAACGAUUCUUUGAAGAAAACACCCACGGCAUAUUAGUGACAGAGCCCUUAGUUCUUGGCUUUUGGGAACAAAAACAGGACGAUGAAGAAACCUUCAUAUACAUAUUCGAUCCCAAUCCGAGAAGUUCAACGGGAAUGCCCCUUUUUAGCGGAACAGCUUGUGCACUUUCAUUUAUUAAUGCGAAAAUGGCAUCUGAUCAUGUUAUUGGUUGUAUUAUGGAUCCGUUAGCUCGCCUAGGAGAAUUCGUACUGGUUCCAGUAGAAAUUGUGGUGGGAAAUAUGAGAACUCAUAAGAAACCUGUAAUGGAUAAAUCGCCAACCAGAAGCAGCAUAAACACUUUACCACGGUGCUCGAAACUGGUUGCGUCAGAGCAAAAACGGAAAUUACGGAAAUUGGCUGAAGAAGAACGAAAACGCAAAGAAGCCAAAAAGCAACAAAUGAUCGGCAGGAAUGGUUACCAUUUGAAAGGGACAGAAGCCAUUUUACGUGGUUAUAAGAGUCAGAAUUCCGUAUAUUACGAUCCGGAGUCUAGGAAUAAGCAGGAUAUUCCCAACUGUAUUGCAUCAGUGGUAAUGCAUUCUGUUUUGUCCAUCGAAGACUGGAACUAUCGUCACAUCGAUCUAAUCCUUGACACUGGAGAUCAGCUCUACAUCGAUUCUUACAUCGCUUAUGGUCCAACCGAUCCAAAGUUGGGAAUGGAAAACAUCGUCAGAAAAUUCUUUAUGGGAACUUUAGAGGUUCAUGUUACCAUUUACAAGCCCAUUAUAACAGAGGUAUUUACUACCAGUAAGCUUACCAUGGUACUAGAGGCUUUCUUUCAGCAAGAGACUGUAUGUGUAUUGAAUUUUAGUCAGCUAUGGGUCUCCGUAUUCUUUAAAGGCGGCUUCUUUUAUUUGUUUGAUCCUCAUGAAAGAGAUAUGGAAGGUAAUAUACCUAAAAGUGGCCAAGAAGGUACUGCAGUGGUGGUUCGGUUUGAUAAUAUAAACGCGAUGGCUUUGAAGAUUAUUAAUAAUCUUGGAGGAAACACAGAUCAAACAGAAACAUUCUCCUUAUGGAUAAUUUCAGUGGAAUCAAAGUGAUUGUUAAAUUGUGUUGUCUAGGUUUAGGUUACAAACCGGUUUAUUAAUAAAGUGUGCCUACGUUUUCGUGUAUAAGCAGU